AUGGAGAAAGAAUAUGAUUAUAACUCCUACUCGUAUCUAAGAUCGAAGCAGGCCUGUGAGUUCUGUGACCAAGAAUUUCAUGACGGAUACAGCUACCUAGUACACAACGCAUCACACCUUUUAAUACCUCUUAUGAGACAGACGGUGUACUGUUGUGAUAUCUGUGACUUGUACUUCACAACAAGAUAUGAUUACAAUGAACACACAAACAAACAUGUCGUUAUUAAAGAGGAAAAUAAUAUAGAAUUAAAUCUAGCUAAAGUUAAAUUAGAAAAAUCUCCAGAGUCGGUUGAACCGUUGGAAUUAAAACAAGAAUCAAUUGAUAUAGAGAUGGACUCAUACUGUUCGAGCCAUGAAUAUAUUGAUGAGGAGUUGUGUGAUGAUGUUCAUACUGUAGAUAGAAUAAAAUAUGAAGAUGACUUUGAUUUGGAAACAUUGAAACAAUUUACUGCUGUUAAAGAUGAGUUGUAUACAGAAUGUUACAACGGGGAUGGAAUGUAUGGAAAUAAGCAGCAACAAAAUGGUUGGGGUUGUGAGGAACCUGCUGGUGAAGUUAAAGUUGACGAGUCUGUAUCAACAAGGGUUAUAGCUGCUGAUGAAUGUAGAAGUGUUCAUAGCAGUGAAUUAAAGAUGGCCGGCCAGUUCAUAUGUAGACUUUGUGGCUUCACAUCACCCAAUAGGUUCCGUCUCGUCCUCCAUGAAACUAAACACCUGAGGCUUGUAGAGCGGAGGAGCACAUUCCUGGUGUGUGUGUACUGCGACAGAUACAUAGCGGGGAACUACCGCAACAUGGACAAACAUCUGGCCAGCGAACACGACAACCGGCCCAGGAGGAAACGGACACUGUACAAGUGUAAGGAGUGUCGCCUACCGUACAGGAAGUACCCGAGACACGUCAGGAACUACCAUCAGAGGAAAUGGUGCUCCUGGGAGGGGCUCGAGGGGGGUCGGGCCGGGGGCUGCUGCAGGACACAGAAGACUCACCAACGUAGAACUCCACCAACGAAGAAGAAGAUACUCACCAACGUAGACAGAUUGAGGAACAUACAGCUGAGACUAAUGAGGAUCAAUAAACUGCGUAAAUUCUGUGACGACUUUUAUUACAUCGACCGGCUAAUUUAUAAAUUAUAA